AUGAGUGAGGGACACGCGUCCUCACAUAAUCCUCAGAGCGUGAAUGUCUCAGAUUUAGACCAGCAGGUAUGGGUCCUCCGGGGUGAGAGCCUGGUCACAGUUCCCCGGAGUAAACACGUGAAAUCAGUCACCGUUACUGUUAUCCCAUGCAAAUAUCCAGAGGCCCUUGAGAAAAACAAAGGGACUCCCAUUUAUUUGGGAAUUGAGCAUCCAGCGAAGUGCCUGUGCUGUGAGAUGGUUGGAGGUCAGCCCACACUGAAGCUAAAGGAAGGAAAAGUUUUCGACCUGUAUAAGCGCCCUGAGCCGGUGAAGCCCUACCUUUUUUUCCGCACCGUGGUGGGCAGAACCUCCACCUUUGAGUCCGUGGCCUUCCCAGGCUGGUUUAUCGCCGCCUCCAAGACAGAGCAGCCCAUCUUCCUCACUUCAGCCCCGGGAAAACAACACAAUAUUCACUUUAGUUUAGAUACAAAGGCUUGA